UCUGCUAGAAGGUGUGGAAGUGUAAUCCUUUGGGCACAGUUUGAAUGAAGACGAUUGAUAGUUAUCUUCGAUCGAAGACUUGUGUUUCUUCUAUCUGUGAAAAAAUUGAUUCAUUUCGUCUUCAAAUUGGUGUUGGAUAGACCAUGUUCAACAAUUUGCAAUCAAAAACUGUAAUUUGAUCGAGAAGACAGCUAGGGAAUGGCGGCAAGGUUCAUUGAUAACGUUUUAUUCUUUCCUUGGUUUCUCUAUUACUCUUCCCAUUACUUCCCCUUUCGCUGUUCAAACACAAGGAUCAGACUGCUCUAUUUGAUGCAUUGCAAAAGUUGAAGGAAGAACUUAUGCUUCUAGGGUUUAUAUCCCUCCUCCUGACAGUCUUCCAAGGUCUAAUAGGCAAAAUGUGUCUUCCAACUCAUUUUGCAUCUUAUAUGUUACCAUGCAAGAUGGAAUCUACUUCUGCGAGUGCUUCUGAGCCAGAGCAUAUGCAAUAUUUUAAGGAAACAAUGUCAAAUGGAAGGAGGCUUUUAUCCACAGGUGGUGGCGGUGCUUAUUGUGCGAAUAAGGGAAAAGUUCCUCUAAUGUCGCUUGAAGCAUUACACCAACUGCACAUCUUUAUCUUUGUACUGGCUGUAGUCCACAUGAUCUUCUGUGCAAGCACCAUGGUUCUAGGAGGACUGAAGAUAAAUGAAUGGAAGAAAUGGGAGGACUCUGUUAGAAGUGAGAUAGUCAAGAAGCGACCUGGCCACGGUCAUCAUGACAUUUUUCAUCAUCAUCAACUUUUUAAACAACGUGCAACUGGUGGAUAUUGGAGAAGGGCGGCUGUUGUCAGUUAUCUGAGGGCGUUCUUCAAACAAUUCAAAGGUUCAGUCACUCAAUCAGACUACAUUGCUUUACGAUCAGGAUUUAUAAAGACACAUUGUCCUGGAAAGCCAGAUUUUGAUUUUCACAAGUAUAUCCUACGUACUCUUGAAAUCGAUUUUAAGAAAAUUGUUGGCAUCAGCUGGUACCUGUGGCUUUUUGUUGUGCUGUUUUUGCUGGUGAACUUGGCUGGAUGGCAUACAUACUUCUGGCUGGCGUUUUUGCCCCUUGUUCUUGUGCUUCUUGUGGGAGCCAAACUUGAACACAUCAUAUCACGCUUAGCUGGAGAAGUUGCGGAGAAGAAACCGGGGGAUCAAGAAGCACAACAAGUAAAACCUUCCAAUGAUCAUUUCUGGUUUGGAAGACCCAAACUCAUCAUCUAUCUGAUUCAUUUCAUUUUGUUCCAAAAUUCUUUUGAGAUGGCCUUCAUUUUCUGGAUCUGGGCCACAUAUGGUUUUAACUCCUGCAUGAUGGAGAAUUUAGGUUUCACAAUUCCAAGACUUGUUAUAGGGGUGAUUGUUCAAUUGCUCUGCAGUUACAGCACAUUACCCUUAUAUGCCCUUGUUACUCAGAUGGGCAGCAUGUUCAAGCAGGGAAUAUUCGAUGAAUAUGUGCACGAUCUGAUCUCCAAAUGGAGAUCUGGCGCAAGCAGAGCUGACACAGACAGCAUUAAUAGAAUGAUAAGAGAACCGAUUGAAGAUAAUCAAAUUAUCGAGCAAAUUCAUCAUCCUGACUCGGUUGAAAGAAAUCUUGCUACAACAUCAGUGAUUGAGCUUUCUUAUCCUAACCCUAAUACUUAAAUCUCAUUCAUGUGAGCUUUUAAUCAUUUAAAUGCUCCUUGGCCACAACAACCUAUAAUGUCAUUCAAUUAAUAUGUUAUUGCGAUAAGACUCUGAAAUGGAUUCGCGUUCAACUAUUGUUUGUUUCUUUAUGAUUUUUCAA